AUGAAAGGUCUUCUCUCCGCAACCGUGGCUUCGGCCAUCUCUGGCGCUCUUGCAUUUCCUUCUCCUGUUGAGCGCCGCCAGUCGGCAGUAUGCUCUUCUCCCGUCACGCUAUCUGGAAACCCGUUUGCCAAUCGCACCCUCGCCGUCAAUAGUUUCUAUGCUUCCGAGGUCAAAGCAGCCGUUACCAAAAUCACUGAUUCGUCACUUGCAGCAAAAGCGGCCAAGGUCGCUGAUAUUGGAAGCUUUUUCUGGAUUGACACCCGUGACAAGAUCAAGAUGCUUGACGACAUCAUCAAGGACACUCCAUGCAACCAGAUUCGCGGACUCAUCAUUUAUGAUCUGCCUGGUCGCGACUGUGCUGCCAAAGCGUCCAACGGUGAACUUGCCGUUGGCGAAAUCGACAUUUACAAGUCGCAAUACAUUGAUCCCAUUGUUGCAAUCAUCAAGAAAUACUCAAACAUCGCCUUCGCUCUGAUCAUUGAGCCCGACUCUCUGCCCAACUUGGUCACCAACAUCAACUUGGCAACUUGCCAGGCCUCUGCUUCCGGAUACCGUGAGGGAGUUGCGUAUGCGCUUAAGCAGCUGAACCUCCCCAAUGUAAACAUGUACAUUGAUGCCGGUCACGGAGGCUGGCUCGGCUGGGACGCCAAUCUCAAGCCGGGUGCGCAGGAGCUUGCAACGGUCUAUAAGAACGCCGGCAGCCCCAAGGCAGUCCGCGGUAUCUCGACCAACGUUGCCGGCUGGAACUCGCUUGACCAGGUGCCUGGGGAGUUUGCCAAUUCCCCCGACGGCCAAUACAAUAAGGCACAAAACGAGCAGAAGUACGUUGCGCUGAUCUCGCCCGAACUUGUCGCCGCAGGCAUGCCCGGUCAGGCCAUUGUCGACACAGGCCGCAACGGUGUCACUGGUCUCCGCAAGGAGUGGGGUGACUGGUGCAAUGUCAUCGGUGCUGGAUUCGGUCGUCGCCCUACAACUGACACGGGAUCUCCACUUAUCGAUGCCUGUGUCUGGGGCAAGCCUGGCGGCGAGAGCGACGGUACCAGCGACUCCUCCGCGAAGCGCUAUGAUUCCUUCUGUGGCAAGGACGAUGCCUUCAAGCCCAGCCCCGAGGCUGGAGCCUGGAACCAGGCCUACUUUGAGGCACUUGUCAAGAACGCCAACCCGCCUCUAUAG